UCGGGGGCGGCGAUGGGCCCCUCGGCGGGCGGCGCGUGGUCUCCGGAGGUGUGAGCGAGGCCGGCGCACAGCGGCUCGGGCUCCGAUCCCGAAAGGCGGGCGGCGCGGGCCGCGGCCGGGGAUGGUGCGCACCUACCGGGUCACCGUGCGGGUGCGGCGCGCGGGCGGCCCCCCGCGCGAGAGGGCGUUCGUGGUGGAAGUGCUGCGGCCCGCGGGCCAGAGCGCCGCGCCGGGCUGGCGGGCCGCCGUGGCCCUCGUGCUGGCGCUGCUGCGGAACGGGCGCCGGGCCCGGCAGCCGCAUCCUGGAAGACCAGGUCAUGAUGAUGGGCAGCACCCGCGUGGCCGAGCUGCUGCUGGCCCACGGCGCAGACCCCAACUGCGCGGACCCCGCCACCCGCACGCGGCCGGUGCACGACGCGGCCCGGGAGGGCUUCCUGGACACGCUGGCGGCGCUGCACCGAGCCGGGGCGCGGCUGGCCGUGCGCGACGCCAGGGGCCGCCUGCCCGUGGACCUGGCUGAGGAGUGUGGGCACCGGGACAUCGUCCGCUACCUGAACGCGGCCGCAGCAGCAGCUGGCCCAGGUCGUGCAGUCCCUGGGGCUUAAAGAACCACCGAAAGCCAGAGGCAUCGCCGGUGGCCCAGACCACUGCCCUGUCCCCUACCGACCCCUUCCUGCUUUGUGAGCUGCAGUUUAGCCCAUGGCGGUUUUUAACAUUGUAAGCCGCUUCCUCGCCAGCAGAUCUCUUCCUUUCCCCUCAAUCCCCCUUGUAUGGAAUUAAUACAUUGAUAAUAAAAAGGGUUUUAAAAACCCAA